AUGGGCAACUUAUCUGCUUUAUCUCAGCUGAGUUGGUGGUCUUGGCUCACACUCUCAGCUGCAACAGCAGUAUUACUUUUGAUCUGUAAAGCAAUUUUCAACGUCUUCUUUCAUCCACUUCGUUCGUAUCCUGGGCCUUGGUAUCGGGCUGCAAGUCGAUUGCCGUACAGUAUCUCCAUCUUUCGUGGCAGCGUAACGCAUCGGGUCCAAAAGCUCCAUGAAAAGUACGGUCAGGUGGUCCGAAUAGCCCCAGACUCACUAUCGUAUACUUCCAGCCAGGCGUGGCCAGAUGUGUAUGGGCUUAAACAGUCCCAGAGACGGGGAAACCUUCCCAAGGAUCCCAAGUUCUAUGUUAAACCACCUGGCAGUAUAGAUACGAUAUCAACAGCAAAUGAUGCCGAUCAUCGCAGGCUCCGUAGACUGCAAGCUCACGCCUUUUCGGAAAAGGCUCUUGCGUUACAGGAAUCGUAUUUGCAGCGGUACACUGGCAAAUUCAUCACGUGCCUCGAGAAGGAAGCUUCUCAGUCCGGUGGUGUCGUCGAUAUUGUGAAAUGGGUCAAUUUUCUAACUACGGACCUGAUCGGCGACUUGUCGUUUGGUGAAUCCUUUGGCGGGCUAGACACGGGCAAGGUUCAUCCAUGGCUGGAGAGUUUGUUCAACACAUUGAGGACUUUUACUCUCAUGAGGGAGAUUUUUCGCCUGCCACCAUUUCUUGUUGCCGCCGCGAUGGCCUUCAUUCCUGAGAAGAUGAAGAAGCAUGAACAGGAGUCUCAAUCCUUUGGUGCCGCAGUGGCCAAGCGCAGGCUCGAACGAGGCUCCGACAGACCCGACUUCAUGUCGUACAUCUUGAAGCAUCAGGAAGAACAAGAAAAACGCAUGUCGCAAGCCGAAGUCGAGAUGGCCUCCAUAACAUUCAUUGUGGCCGGAAGCGAGACAACUGCUACCAUGAUUUCGGGCACUAUUUAUCUCCUUCUCUGCAAUCCAUCCGUUCUGUCAAGGUUGACAACCGUGAUCAGGGCGGACUUUCCUAAAGAGUCGGAUCUCACAAACAUCAACCUACAGCAGCAUGAAUAUCUUAAUGCCGUCCUCAAAGAGGGCCUACGACUGUACCCUCCAGCUCCCGAUACUCUUUUCCGCACUACGGAAAAGGAGAGCGUAAUCGUAGCGGGAAGAGUAGUGCCGCCGCACACAAAACUGACCAUGAAUCUCUGGGCAGCGCAUAGAGACCCCACCAACUUUCGCAAGCCUCUUGAGUUCAUUCCUGAGCGGUGGGUGAAGGACGCACCGUUGGAGUUCAGCAAUGACGACAGAGCAGUUUUCAAGCCCUUCAGUGUGGGGCCAAGGGAUUGUCUUGGGAAAAAUCUCGCCUGGGCUGAGAUGCGGUUGAUCCUGGCUAAACUUCUAUGGUCGUUUGAUCUUCUCUCACUUCAGAAAGAUAGUGAACAAUGGAUUGAACGGCAGAAAAUAUUCACUCUCUGGGAGAAACUGCCCUUGAAUGUUAAAGUUACCUAUAUUAGGUAA